AAUUAGGUUCUUAUCUUUGGCAAAUCCAAGGCUUCCCCACCAAAUUUUCUCACUCGGGUUUCCUUUCAGUCAAACACCACGUGGAAAAUUGGAAAUGGACUCAGAAAUCGAUGACGCUUCCUCUUCCAUGACUUUAACCAUGGAUGUCACUCCUAGACUCAUUGCUUUAAUGCCUGAAUUACCGAAUUUUGAUUCAGCGGCGUAAACAUCUUAAUUUUACCAAGGAAAAUGGCAAGCUGUGCAGUGGAAGGAGGCUGUGUUACUGACUACUUGGCUAUUGCCAUAUCCAUGCUAUCUAUGAUCUUGCUUCUCUCACGGUUCAUUUUACCCUUUGUGGUUCACAAAGUUCCUCGUACAAAAAACAGUGGCUUCUGGAUUCCAGUAAUCCAAGUUUUUGCUAGCUUCAACCUUCUGUUGUCGAUUGUGAUGUCCCUCAAUUUCCUCAAAUUCAAGAAGAGGCAUUGGUGGCAGUCUUGCUAUGUUUGGGCAGUCUGGUUUGAAGGCCCUCUUGGAUUUGGUUUGCUGCUAAGCUGUCGUUUGACGCAGGCCUUCCAACUAUAUUACAUAUUUGUCAAGAGGCGUUUACCACCAAUAAGAUCUUAUAUAACUCUUCCACUUAUUCUAUUGCCAUGGAUUGCUGGGGCUGCAUUUAUCCAUAUGAAGCAGCCUCUAAAUCCUAGGUGCCAUAUGGGGGCUCACUGGAUCAUUCCAGUCGUUUCACUCCACACAUCAUAUGUUUCAGCUUUAGUUGGAUUCACUGGGGCUGUUCGGCAUAUAGACUUCAGGUUUGAUGAACUCAGAGACCUCUGGCGAGGAAUACUUGUCUCAGCAUCUUCCAUUGGAUUAUGGGUCGCUGCUUACGUCUUGAAUGAAAUUCGUGAUGAUAUCUCAUGGCUUCAGGUUGCCUCCAGAUUUCUCCUUUUGAUUAUGGCAAGUAUUUUAGUGCUAGCUUUCUUCUCUAUGUCAAGUUCACAACCUCUACUCUCACAAAUCAGCUUGAGGAAAAGGGAGUCUCGAGAGUUUGGGUCAAUGGGCGAGGCUCUGGGUAUACCUGACAGUGGACUUCUACUGCAGAGGGAACCAGCUCAAGUCAUAGAUCCUAAUGAACCAUUGGAUAAGCUUCUUCUAGACAAAAGAUUUCGCCUGUCCUUCAUGGCAUUUGCAGACAGUUGUUUGGCCGGGGAGAGUGUGCAUUUCUAUGAUGAGGUGCAUGAGCUUGGUAAAAUAUCUCUAGAUGACUCUGUAAGAAGGAUAUAUAUGGCGCGACAUAUUAUUGACAAGUACAUAGUUGCAGGUGCGGCAAUGGAGGUAAACAUUUCUCACCGAAGCCGACAAGAAAUUUUGACCACUGCUGAUCUGGCGCACCCUACUCUCUUCAGUAAUGCGUUAAAUGAGCUGAUGCAAUUGAUAAAAAUGAAUUUGGCAAAAGAUUACUGGUCAUCCAUGUACUUCAUGAAGUUUAAAGAAGACGCCAGUAUGAGAUCCAAUGGCCGUGAGCCAGAACAGAUGACAGGCUGGAACUUCUCUCCUAGGUUGAGUUCUGUACAUGGUGUUGAUGAUCCCUUUCACCAAGAACACUUUUCUAAGAGCUCAAGCAUCGACGUUCAUGAUUCAGACAUACAAUUAACUAGGAAUGGUGAAUAGUUAUGCAGGAAUUUUCGAGCUCCGUUUUAUUACUUGGAUCUGCAUCAGUAGAAAAAUUAGUGUUGGCUUUUUUCAUCCCUAACAAAGUGGCUUGGAAUGCCUUGGAAAUGAAGCCAAUAAGAUGAAAAUGGAAAACAAAAAAGAGAGCCUCAGCGUUUGGGGUUUGCUUCUAAGAGGGAGUGGAUGGAAUGAAUGAAUAAUGGGGGGGAAGAGUUGCCGUUCAUGCGUUUGGGAUCUUGCAUUGCAUGACCAUUUUAUACAAUCUCUGAAUCUCCUUCAAGAAUGGCAACGGAGAGCCUCAGCUUGUUGGGCUUCACAGGUUGUAGUUAAAUGUAUUUCCCAGUUCAGAUGUUAAGGGUUUGGUAGCAUUAGUAGACGAGUUAUUUACAAAAAAUUAUUUUGAUCCAAAGAAUUGUUAGGUAGUUCUAGAGUACAAAUACAUGGUAUUUUCAUCCUCAUCCUAUAUGUCAUGUCAUUAAAAUUUAAUACUUAAAUAGGAAAUUUUAAUAGUA